AUGGAUCGGGAUUACGAUGGCGAUGGGGAUUUUGUGAUCCGCGCCAACGCAGCACAACGUGAAUACAGCGAAAGCGAUCUUGAGGACUCUGACGACCCGAGAGAGUACGAUUAUCCAGAUGAAGAGGAAGCAGAUGAAAACGUCGAGAAUGAAGAACAUUUAUCGGAACGUCUGAACGAGUUUAGCGACAACAUAGAUGGAGACCGAGUUGAGGACAAUGAAGAAGAAGAACCAUUUCAAAUCAGUUCCGGUACAACGAGCCAACGUGGAAUUGAAAACGACGCUCACCGAGCACCAGCAUCACUACAGCAGCUGUUGGGAUUUCUUUCGCAGAGUAUGGAGACACAUGGUGUUGCACGCGACUCCGAAGCAAGUAACAUGCCCGACAGUGACAAUCGCCAGGGCAGAAGAGUAGAAAUCGCCGACAUUUUUCCUGAGAUAUUUGGCUUUGCUGGUAACGGACCCCUAUCAGGACAAAACCGGACUAACGGGCGGGUUGCAAGACUUCUUGAAAACAUUACAUCCUGCCAUGAAGAUCCCUACAUGGCACAAGAAAGCCUGCGUGAAAUAUCAGAACAGCUGCUCAUGAUGAACUCAAUUACUGCAGAACGUGUCAUUCCCCAAGAGGAGCUUCUUAAAAACGUUAUUCAGAUAUUGGAGAGCUCUCGCCUGCAGGAUCAGCUCGAGUUGCAGAUGAUUGCAUGUCGAUGUUUAUACAACUUAUUUGAAGUCAACCCAGGUAUCAUAGCUGUUGCAGUAGAGCAUGGCGUUAUCGGAGCUUUGCGUGGUAAAUUGCUUGAAAUCAGUUACAUCGAUCUCGCUGAACAAGUUUUGGAGACGUUAGAAAUCAUUUCCAGACUACAUGGCAGAGAAAUUCUAGAGUCAGGCAGUCUUAUGGUAUGCCUGCAAUAUCUAGAUUUCUUCACCUCACAUGCGCAGCGGAAAGCCAUUACAAUAGUUGUGAAUUCGUGUGCUAGGGUCCGGUCGCAAAGUUUCGAAGAAAUUGCGAAGGUGAUGCCUACAUUGAAAGAAGUUUUCAUGUCGCGUUCUGAAAAUGCUCUUCUGUUGAGAGUUUUUGAUGGCUUUUACGGUAUUUGCAGCAGCAUGAGCAAAGAGCAAGAGCGACUGACCCAACUGUUCGACUAUGAACUGGUUAGGAAAAUCAUGCAAAUAAUCAUAAAUGGGGAAACAAAGGUGGAAACCCGAUUGAAAGCUUUUGAUCUUAUGUCCCAAUUGGUCUUAUGCUCGGAGUCAUUGUCUACUGAAAUUUUAGGGUCUGAAAAGAUAGUAGAUGUACUACUGAGCUCAAUCGACGAUUACAAAAAAAGUUCUAAGUCUCCACUUCAUGAAAGAAUAAUGUUUGCACCAAAGUCAUUACUCACCUGCAUUUCAAGAUUCGUAGCCUUUUUACUUCCGGUGGAAGAUAAUCCGGUUUUUUCUGACGCCAGAAACGUAAACGUGGAUCUGAAAGGACUACAAGAUAAGUUGGAACAGCUGGUUGAGGACAUCACACCUAUUUUAGUGGAGAUAUUCGAUAACGCCGUUGACUUCCACAUAAGAAAGUACGUGCUUAUCGCCUUAGCGCGUACAGUUUCAUCGCGCAUGCCCCAUGCAUCGUCAAAAAUAAAUAAGAGCGUGAUCUCCAUGAUAGCGUCGAGUUUUGCAAGAAACAAGCCAAUCUUUGAAGAAAGCGGGUUUCAAGAUCUCGAGUCAGGGGUCCUGCUUCUGGGGUGUGCCUCUUUUUCACGCACUUUGAUUGAAAGACAUCCCUCUGAGUAUCUCCCCGCUUUCCAACGCGAAGGUGUUUUCGAAUCAAUUGAUAAUUUACUACAACAACUAGCACUCAGCUCAGCUGGAGCCUCGUCGGAUAACGAUAGCACCCACUCGUCUGAGGAAGGGGAGCUUUCGGAAGACAGCCAGGUCGACUAUGAAAGUGACGAGGAUUACGAUAUGGACUUUGACGGGUUUGAGGGUUUGGGACAAGUGAAACCUCGUAAAAUCACGUUCAAUGUACUCAAGAAGUUGAGGUUGCAGCAAGUAAACGAUUCGCUUCGUGAUAAUCUCCAGAAGAUCACAGCAAUCUCGCGCAAAGAUAAGUCAAUAUCAGGGGAACUCGGCGAAAUAGCCUGUCUGGUGGAAAAGCUGCGAAGCCUGGACGUUCGCUCGACUAGCUUUGAUUCCUGGGUUUCUGUAUGGCGCGAUGUCAAAACCAAGCUUUUCUCUUCUGAGUUCGCCAUUUCCAGCUUUGAGUUCAUGACAACCGGUCUGGCUAGUGAAAUGUCGAGAAUUAUCACAAAUAACAGUAUCAAGACCUCAGUCUGCCAACGGGCGUUUAUUGAUGCUUUUGGCGCUGACCUGAAACCUUUCGUUCAAAUCUUACAGUCUGCUUUGACGCGCAUAGAAUGUUUUGACCUGAGAGACUGUGGCUUGCAUGGUGACGAAGGAAAAACAGCUUCUUUGGGGAAGCAAAUGAAGCUCAGAUUAGAGUAUGAGGGCGACUUCGAUGGCGAUGAAAUACCACAGAAUUUGCGGUCAAUUACCGUCGGUAUUCAUUGCGUAGCUUCCUUCAAGUCGCUAAAUGACUUUUUGAAACACAAGCUACUACAAUCUCGAAUCAUAAGCUCCUCGUCACCACUGAUGGCAAUUGAAUCAGAAGCAGUCAGCCAAAUGGAAACAUGGAACUUUGGGUUCUCUUAUGAGGGAGAAACAUGUGCUUAUCAGGAUACGAUAUUUGGACCAAUCUUUAGAAACUGCUACAAAAACAAAAGAGAGAGUAAGCAUGUUUGGAGUGAUCUGCAUGUGCUUAAAUACAGGAAGGCUGGUUCAAAGGAGGAGCCGGAGGUCUUGAGGCCCUUAUAUGAGGACGAUAUCGAUGUUGAGGCCGAUGCAAAGCAGGUUUAUGAUAUUCUGGUAAUUCUUAAAGCACUCCGGAAAAGCUCUCUGGGGGGCGAAUUUUUUGUCAAUUCAAAGAUGAGUGCGAAACUGUCCUGUCAGUUAGAUGAACCGCUCAUUGUGUCUGGCGGUUGUCUCCCUUCAUGGACGAUAGACGUUACGAGGCGCUAUUCUUUUCUCUUUCCCUUUGAACUCAGAAUGUUUUACUUACAAAGUACAUCCUUUGGGUAUGGGAGACUCAUUCAGAUAUGGAAGAAUCGCAUAGAGGAUGACAAAGGAGAACAGGGAGAAAAUGUUUUGCAUCAAUUAGGUAGGCCAACGAGACACAAGUUGAGAAUUUCUCGUGACGAUAUCUUUUUAAGUGCUCUGAAGAUUCUCAGGAAAUAUGGUUCCUCACCAAACAUUCUAGAAAUUGAGUACUCGAAUGAAGUUGGAACGGGAUUGGGCCCCACAAUGGAAUUCUAUGCUAUAGUGUCAAAAGAAUUUGCGAAGAAAUCUCUGCGGUUGUGGAGAACUGAUAACUUUUCUUCACACCAGAAAGACGAGUUAGUCGAGGGGCUUCUCUUUCCAGCCCCUUUAGGUGCUCUUGAAGACCAAGAGAGGGUAUUGGCACUAUUUCAACAAUUGGGAGUAUUUGUCGCCAGGUCGAUGUUAGAUAAUCGCAUUUUAGACUUUCGCUUCAGUCAAGCUUUCUUUGAACUAGCACACAUGUAUGCUGCCGAUCAACCGAUGCUUUUAGAGGACAAAGAAUUGGCCCUUUCAAUCCUAGGUAUGGUGGACCCGCAACUAGAGAAAUCCCUAAACUUUCUGCAAAAGCAUAAAAACGAUGACGUUUUGGAAUCCCUUUCUUUGACUUUUCAUUUGCCCGGCUACAAUGUGAAUUUGGUAGCGAAUGGGCUGGAGACGGCUGUUACUAAAAACAACUUUGAUCAAUACUUGGACAGCAUCUUGGAUCAAAUUGUUGGCGCGGGGGUCGAAAAGCAAAUUCGUAGCUUUAUGCAAGGAUUUUCGCACGCUUUCCCCUACCGUUCGUUAAUGAUCCUUACACCUGAGGAGCUCACACAGUUUUUCGGUGGAGUAGAGGAAGACUGGAGCACGGAAACUCUUAUCGCCAAUAUAGAAGCGGAUCAUGGUUAUAAUCACGACUCUGACAUCAUCCAAGAUUUGAUUUCACUUAUGUCAUCUUUUUCAGACCAAGAGCGCCGUCAAUUUCUCCAGUUUCUCACCGGAUCGCCCAAGCUUCCCGUUGGCGGAUUCAAGACCUUAUCUCCCAAAUUCACAGUUGUACGCAAGCACACAGAGGAGAACAUGACUGCCGAUGAAUUUUUACCAAGUGUGAUGACGUGCGCGAACUAUCUGAAACUACCGCUCUAUAGCAACAAAGCAAUUCUGAAAUCUAGAGUUAUUCAAGCUAUGACUGAAGGUUCUGGUGCAUUUUUGCUCUCGUAA